AAAGCCGUAAAGCGCGUGUGAUAUUUAUUGCAAUUUAAAUGCAGCUACUUAGCUUGUAAAGCCACCAAAUUAAGGAGAUACAGUUCCAUUCAUUUAAAUUAGAUGUUUAUAGAGUUACGCCGGUGGCUGACUAUUAGAUUUUUGUAGACCAAAUGUUGUUAAAACAGCUGACAUUACACAGCCAACCCGCGCGUUACCUAAGCACCAGCUUAGCGAGGCCCCAAUCCUUUAGAAAAUGGUACCAGCAACUAUGGACAACCAAGCGCACAAAUCUGCCACCAUACGGCCACUUCACACAAAUCGGAGAUCCCGUGCUCCGUGACAAGGCAGCCGAGGUGCCCGCGGACUAUGUGGACAGCAAGGAGAUCCGGGCGAUCGUGGAUCAGAUGGUGAGUGUGCUGCGCAAGUACAACUGUGUGGGCAUUGCCGCGCCCCAAAUAGGUGUCUCCCUGCGUAUUAUCGCCAUGGAAUUUAAUCCAAGCAUCAAAAAGGAACUGCCCGAUAUCACGUGGAAAACGCGACAAAUGUCCGAGCUGCCGCUAACAGUGUUCAUCAAUCCCCAGCUAGCAGUCACCGAUUACAUUAAGCACAAACAUGCCGAGGGCUGCAUGAGUGUGCGUGGCUUCUCCGGCGAAGUGGAACGCUAUGCGGGCGUUAAACUCUCAGGCCUAAAUAGAGAAGGUGUCGCCACAGAGCUGGAGCUGAGCGGAUGGAAUGCACGCAUAGCACAGCAUGAAAUGGAUCAUUUAGAUGGAAAGCUGUAUAUCGAUCACAUGGAUCGAUCCACGUUCAUGUGCACGUGCUGGGAGACGGUGAACACAAAAUCGGGACGCGUCGAAAUACCAUUUUAUAAAUAA